CCCUAAUCCCAAAAAUUCUGCCAGAAAAAAUUCAUUCCCUAAUCGAUGGUUCUCCGGUUUGCUUUUCCUUCUGCAGUUCUGCUUUUCCGGUCUCCACGACGCACGACGUUCUCCAGUUCUCCGAUUCUGCUCGGCGCACGGCGGUUCUCCGGUUUUGCCCGACGCAGUGACGCACGACGCCACGACGGUCCUCCGGCCUCGCUCUACAGCCUCGCCCCAGACGCCCCUCAGCCAAUCACUCUAAGCAAGCAUGCUGCACUGUACUGCAGGCAUCCCAUUUUCGUUUUUACUCUAUAAAAUCUGCAAUUAUGAAGUAUAUUUCCAUGAAUUCCAUCUCUCGACUUCAGAGUCUGAGGUCACUCGCAAGUCUCAACUACUGAACACAAAUACAGGUAUAGAUAUGGCUAUGGUUAUGGAUUGAUUUAUGGAUCAAGUCAAAACGCUCACUAAGGCUCUCAUCAAGAAUUCAAACAACCCCAAACUAGCAUGGCUACUCUUCAAGCGCUCUCUCUCUGCUCCCAAUCCUCCCCCUUUCCAAUCAAUCCCUCCCAUCACCCGUAUCCUCAUUCGCGCCAAUAUGUUCCCCCAACUCCACGCUCUCCAUCAUUUCCUCCUCUCCCAACCCCCCCACGCCUCACUUCCUACUUUAUUCACCGUCGUCAAAAUCGUAGCCAAGUCCGGUCACAUCGACCACGCUUUUUCUCUCUUCCAGUCUAUCCGCACGCUCUUCCCCGAUCGACCCCCAUUGGUUUCACUUUACAAUUUGCUCAUCCAAACUUCUCUUAAGCAGAACCGUCAAAAUUCUGCAUCUUGGUUGUAUAAAGAUUUGACUUUUGCCGGGGUUUCUCCAGAGACUUACACUUUCAACCUUCUGAUCUCUGGUCUCUGUGAUUCUGGUCGCUUACAGGAUGCUCGCAAGUUGUUUGACAAAAUGAGUGACAAAGGAUGUGAGCCUAAUGAAUAUACUUUUGGCAUUUUGAUCCGAGGGUAUUGUUUAUCCGGAAUUGCUUGUGAAGGUUUGGAACUUUUGGACUUAAUGAAGAAGAUGGGUCUUUGUCCUAAUAUGAUUGUAUACAAUACUUUGAUUUCCACGUUUUGUAAGGAAGGUAAAGUGAAAGAAGCUGAGAGACUAGUGCAGAGUAUGAGAGAGGAGGAUGGGCUUGUUCCUGAUAUUGUAACCUUCAAUUCAAGGAUUUCAGCUCUUUGUGACUUAGGGAAGGUUCCGGAGGCUUCAAGGAUCUUCAUGGAUAUGCAGGUAGAUGAGGAGUAUGGGUUGCCAAGGCCCAAUAUCAUAACAUUUAAUGUGAUGUUGGAAGGAUUUUGCAAGGAAGGAAUGUUGGAGGAAGCAAAAUCCUUGGUUGAGUCAAUGAAGAAACUUGGUUUGUUCUCUGAUGUGAGGAGUUAUAAUAUUUGGCUAUUAGGGCUAAUGAGGAACGCAAAGAUGUUGGAGGCUCAAUCUCUUUUAACAGAAAUGGUGGACAAAGGAAUAGAACCAAGUAUAUAUUCAUAUAACAUUGUGAUAGAUGGUCUUUGCAAGAAUGGAAUGGUUGCUGAUGCUGGAUUGUUGAUGGGUUUAUUGAAAUUUACUGGAAUCUCCCCAGACACAGUCACUUACACUACUCUACUCCAUGCCUACUGCAUAAAAGGUAAAGUUAAUGAGGCAAACAAUAUUCUUAAUGACAUGAUGAACAGUGGCUGUACUCCUAAUACUUACACCUGUAAUACCCUGUUGCAUAGUCUGUGGAAAGAAGGUAAGGUAUCAGAAGCAGAGAAGUUGCUGCAAAAGAUGAAUGAAAGGGGUUACCCUUUGGAUAGUGUGAGUUGUAACAUCAUGAUUGAUGGUAUUUCUAAAACUGGCAAGGUGGACAAAGCAGUUGAAAUCAUUGGGGAAAUGUGGACUCAUGGAAGUGCUGCCCUUGGCAAUUUAGGAAAUUUAUUUCUUGGCUUGGUGGAUGGGGGUAAUGAUCAGAAGAAGUGCUUGCCUGAUUUGAUCACUUAUUCAACCAUUAUCAAUUCCUUAUGCAAGGAUGGGAGACUAGGUGAAGCCAAGAAGAAAUUUGUUGAGAUGAUGGAAAGAAAAUUGUUUCCUGAUUCAAUUGUUUACAAUACUAUUUUGCAUCACUUGUGUAACAGGGGUAAAAUAGCUUAUGCAUUUCAGGUUCUAAAGGACAUGGAGAAAAAGGGCUGCAAGAAGAGCUUGCAAACUUACAACUCUCUGAUCCUUGUGUUGGGAUCCAAAAAACAAAUAUUUGAAAUGUCUGGCCUGAUGGAUGAAAUGAGAGAAAGAGGGAUUUUUCCAAAUGUUUACACCUACAAUAUUAUGAUUCAAUGUCUAUGUGAAGAAGGAAGAACUGAAGAAGCCACUUUUCUUUUAGAAGAAAUGCUGCAGAAAGGAACACUACCUAAUACGUAUACCUUUGAAUUAUUAAUUAAAACAUACUGCAGGAUUGGAGAGUUCAGACCAGCACAAGAGUUGUUUGAAAUUUCCCUAAGUAUCUGUGGCCACAGAGAAACUCUUUAUAGAAUAAUGUUUAAUGAGUUGCUUGCUGGAGGAGAAAUCAUGGAGGCUAAGUUAUUAUUUGAAACUGCUUUAGAUAGAUGUUUUGACGUGGGUGGCUUCCUUUACAAAGAUCUUAUUGACAGACUGUGCAAGGGCGAUAAUUUGGAAAUUGCUCGUGAUGUUUUGAAGAGGAUGAUGAGUUCUAUAUAUGGGUUUGAUCCUGCAUCAUUUAUGCCAGUUAUUGAUGGUUUACGUAGGAUGGGAAAUAAGCGUGAAUCUAAUGAACUUGCUGACCAUAUGCUCGAGAUGGUUUCCACAGGUAAGGUGGGAAGCAAGGCGUACCAAAAUUAUAUGGAGUUAAAUCACGAGAGACAAAAUAAGUAUGGAACAACUGACUGGCAGAAAAUUGUGCACAGAGAUGAUGGCAGUGCAAUCGCCAUGAGAAGCUUGAAGCGGGUACUUAAUGGGUGGGGUCAAGGAUGUAUAUAUAGUUUUCAAGCCCAAAAGGAUGAGAUUUUGGAUAAUUGGUGUUGGUUGAAGCUUAAAGUUAGUAUUUUUGAGUCAAUUGCCAUUUGAUUGGAAGAGUGUUAAAGCAGCAGAAAGUUGCAAUAAUUUUGACUAUGAAAAGCAUCAUCAAGUCUUGAAACUAUGAUAUUCAAAAUCUACAGAUGCAUGAAACUUGAAGAACAUAAGCUCCCAAUUUAUUGUCAUAUUUCAUAAAAAAGAAGCUAACCCUGGCAGACCAAUUUAAUGUUAGGUAUAUACAUAUCAUUUUCAUUUGUAAGUGAUCAAAGAGGAGAAAGUCUUCAUAUAUGUAUAUCUACAAUUCAAAGUCACAAUAGCUGAUGUAGGACAAGAGAAACGAUGCCAACAAGGGACAAAAAAAGAAAAAAACUCUCAAAGAACCCAAUUAACUGUGAAACUUUCAAAUUGUAUUCAGAAACUAACCAUGCAUGUUUAUAAUUUUUGCAACUUUUCAACUUUUUCUAGUUUUCUAUUUAAAUAGGCUUUGUAAUAAAUUGUAUGUCAAGCACUUUGUGUUCAAAUGACAUGUAGUGACUCUUUUAUAUGA